AUGUCAGAACAAUCGCGGAACGUAUGGAUCGCUAAAGAUGAUCCUAAGUUGGUUUCUGCAAGACAUAAGGAUGUUUUUGAAGAUAUUCUGGAAGAAAGACGGACAUCAAGCGAUCUGCGAUUUGCAGCCCGUGCUCGAGAUGUUCCCAGAUUUCGUCUCAAUAAAGAGCGACCUCCUCAUAAGAUCAAAGAAGAUGUCUUGAAAAGUGAUAGAGUGCAGUAUGCCAUAGAGCAGGUUUGUCAGGACACAGGUCUUCCCAAAGCAGAAGUGAUAAACCAGGCUAAAACUAUCGUGGAUGAAAUGGCUCACAAUUUACGAACUGGAGCCAUUCGCGUAUUUGCGUUUUUCCUCAUGAAGGUCUUGAAACAACUUUAUCAGCGUAUCUACGUCAAUGAAGAGGGCAUUGAGAAGGUGCGUAUGCUAAUUCAAGAUUACCCAAUUCUUCUUAUGCCAACACAUCGCAGCUACAUGGAUUUUUUGCUCAUGUCUUAUGUGUUUUAUCACUAUGACCUACCUUUGCCUGUCAUUGCAGCAGCAAUGGAUUUUAUGGGCAUGAAGUUUUUUGGAUGGCUGCUGCGCAAUUCAGGUGCUUUUUAUAUCCGGCGUAGUUUUGGCGAGGACACACUGUAUUGGGCAGUAUUCACAGAAUAUGUGCAGACACAGAUCUGCAAUGGUGAUUCCCCUAUUGAAUUCUAUGUAGAAGGAACAAGGUCACGCACAAGCAAGUCUUAUGCACCCAAGUUUGGUAUGCUUUCAGCUGCUUUGGAGCCAUACUUCAAGGCCCACAUUCCUGAUAUCAUGGUUAUCCCAGUCAGCAUUAGCUAUGACCGUAUUUUAGAAGAGUCAUUGUAUGCCUACGAAUUGCUGGGUGUUCCAAAACCAAAAGAAUCUACUUCUGGAUUGAUAAAAGCAAGGAAAGUACUGGAAGAGGACUUUGGUAAUGUUCAUAUCUUCUUUGGGGAACCGAUCUCCAUUCGGCAGUUUUCUGAAGGCAGGGUGGACCGAAGCAAGCACAGUUUAGCACCAAGGUACAUUGUCAGCCUCACCCAGGAGGAGCAGGAGAUGAUCCGAGUCUUUGGACAUCACGUUGUGUUGGUUCAUCAACACAACAUGGUCAUCUCAGUGUGGUCCAUGGUGGCUGCCAUCCUGGUGCAAAGCCAGCAAGGUGUAACAGUGCGGCAAAUGUUACGUGAGGUGGAGUGGAUGAAACGACUGGCAUCAAAUCUUGGUGCCUAUAUUGACUGGCCUGUGAAUGAAUCUGCAGAAACUAUGCUUCGUGCCAGCCUGGCCCUCCAUCAUAACAUCAUCAGCAUCAACAAUGAUGAUGUCAUACAGCUGCAAGUUGCACCACCAAUUGUUCGGGGAAAUGCAGUGCAACAACAUGUUGCAGUGAUGCAAACAGCUGCACAGCAUGUUAUGUUGUCAAUGUAUCGGAACCAGAUCAUCCAUGUCUUUAUCCGGCCGGCCAUGAUUGCUUUGUCCAUUAACUCUUGCCGAGGGGAAGAAUUAUCUUUAGAUGAUCUGUACCAGAAGUAUGUUUUCCUGGAAAACUUGCUUUGCCGAGAUUUUGUUUUUGUCCCAGACAAUACAAGAAAGGACUUUGAACACACCCUUUCAACACUAGCUCACAUUGGAGCCUUGGUAUUGGAGGCAGGGGCUAUCGCUGUCAAGAAAUCUAUCAACAAAACCAUCAGUUUUCUCAGCCACAUGCUUGAACCAUUCCUUAUUGGAUACUGGGUAAUGUGCCAGUUUUUGCUGUCAAGCCGCCUACAGGUAAGCGCCAAGCCACUGGCCCGCACGCAGAAAACUCUGGUGAAAGAAAUGCAAGCUCUGAGUGCUCGUCUCCUUCAGGAAGGUGUCAUUCAUCACUACGAAGUGCUGUCAAUGGACAUGGCCAACAACUGUCUGCAUGCCCUGUAUCACAUGGGUGGUGUCAGCAAGGAGAAGAGGGAUGGAGUGUUGUACAUGUACCCAAAUGUUGCGCAGUUAUCCACUAUUACAGAACAAAUUGGUAAAUACAUCGAUGUUCCUCCAUUGCCAGCAGUCAGCAUCGAUCUUCACACCAAAACCAUUACAGUCAACGCCAAGCUGUAGACAUUUCCUGCAGCUUCCAGUUUUUAAAUUAUUAUUCACCUAUUCAUUCCACACUUAUUUGACAAGAGGAGAAGGCAGUUCCAUAAUUUUUUUCUGUGGUUCUCAUGUGGCAUCAGGAUGUGACGUCCCAGUCUUUUGGAUUCAGAAGACGAUGUUACACUAGGCCUCAGAAGCAAGAUUCAACAGCGUAAAAACACUUGCUUAUGACGCAUACAUGUCAGGUUGUUGUCAGUAAAAUUAGCAGAUUUAACAAUCUUGUGCUAAAAAGAAGGAAAGGGAGAUGAAAAGCAAUGAUUGUGAUUUGAGAAGUAUAACUCUUAAAUGUGAGCAUUUUUCCUGACCCUCAGGAUACUUUGUGCAAUGAAUCACCUUCCCUAUAAUCACAACUACCACCUCCAUCAGAUUUUUAUCUGACCAGCAAUUACUUGAGUGUGAUGUUCAAAACUCACUUAUCUUCCUGUCCUUGACUUUGAGCAGGUAAUUCUUCAAGCAACAUAUAGUAUUGUUUCAACAGAAAUGUCAGGUGCUUAAAUUAGAUGUAUAUUGUUGAAAGUGGGCCAUUUUAAAUCUUUUUCGUUUGUCUCCUUUUCUUAAAGUUUGUUUUGAGGAGGAGGCAUAUUUUGUUACAAAACAUGUCCCAGAUUUGCUGUAUUUGGCAAGUCUUCCAGAUACAAAACACAAGUGCAGUAUUUUGUCUUUUAAGAUAAAGGAAUGAUCAUUUGUUAAGUUCCUAUUGUUAUAGAGUCGGUGCUCCCAGAGGAUGGCAGAUUCACAAAAUUGUAAAUUUGCAGGUGAUGAGAAUUGAUAAAUCCCUUUUAUCUGUUUCGUUUUUGAUCACAUCAGAUUCUUCUGUACAUAUCUGUAUUCUUUGAUACUUUGAAGAUUAUUUUUCAUACGCUUGGUGUGUUCUUUGUGUCGAAUUGCCAAUACAUUUGUUAAUGACUUCAUGCUCAUGUUCCUGUGGCCAGCCCCUGACCUUUUCCUUUCUCUAGUCAGUGUAGGUUUGCCAGUAAGCACAGGACAUAUAUGGGAAGUAUAUAUAUAUGGGAAGUAUAUAUAUAUAUGGGAAGUAUUCUUUCAAAAAAACGGGAAUCAGAUCCUCAAGCUUGCUUUUUUCCCCCCAGUUUUCUGGGUGUUUGUUUGGUGCUCAUUGUUCACCACUUAAAUUGAUGGCUGCAUGAACAGAUAUUUUAUAAGAUUUAGUACUCAGCAUUGUUACAUUAAUCUUUAAUUUUUAUGGCUAUCCUUAGUUUGCAGUGGCAUCUUGGACUUUUGCUUAUAUAUACAGCAUGGAAGGUAAAUGAUGGAACUUUCAUGUUUAGUACUUUAAGAAAGCAAUCUAUGUUAUCAGUUUGUUGCAGUUAAUAUAACUGCAUGGUAUUUAAACUAUAUGUUAAUCACAUUUUUUUCAAAUCUGAUAUGUUUGAUAGUUGGCAAUUAUUCUCAAAUCAUGGUAAUGAAUGUCGUUUCCCUCUUAACUCUAUCAGUGACUGAUAGGGGUACCUGCUACUGAAUCAACUACAUGCUACAUAAAUAACAUGUCUGUUAGAUUAUGGAUCCAAUGGACGGUGGAUUCUUGAGACCAUUUAGUCCACUUCUCAAAGCAUUGGAGCAUUUAAGGCCCCUGUUGUUUCCUGGCAGAAGUGAAUGUAGUAUUUUAAGUUUAACAGUCAUUCAUGGUGCUGCAUCAUUUUAUCAUUCUUGUUUUAUGGCUGUUAUUUAACAUUUAUUAUUAAAUAAAAUCAUCAAAGUGAUUUUAGUAAAUAAAUAGCCGUGUUGCUGUUUAUAAAUGUUUUAAAAUGAUGGUAUUGUGAAGUACCUGUUUUGGUAGUCCCGCUUGUUGAAGAUAGCAUGAAUUGUAUAAUGCAGAUUUACACAUUUUAGAAGUAGAGGAACCUUGGAGUAGCUUCUAUUCUUUGUGUUAAUGUGCUAAAGAGUCAGUCCUUAUUUUUUCCUUAAAAUCUCAGUACUAAGCUGUGAACUACAGUAUUAAGACUGAAGAGUGCCAAGAAUACAUGCAAAAAAAAAGAAAAACCACCAGUAACGGUUCCCUUUAUUUUCAUUGUAUACCUCGCAGUAAAAAUUGCCUUUUCUCUUUUGCUCAGUUGAAAAGGAAAAUGACACUUUGAAAUUAAGGUUGUAUGAAUUACCAUUGGUGUACCACUUUAUUUGUACAGGCUGUUUGUACUAUUGGUGGCUUGAAUGCCGCAAACUAAAUCACAGGUACUACCUGUAUAUUUAAUGCAAUAAAACAAGUGAGAUUUG